AUGAGAGCAAUCGUCAUAGAACAGUUCGGCGGCCCCGAGUCCCUAGUAAUCAAAGAUGUGGCCGCCCCAGAUACCCCAGAGCCAAAUCAAGGAGAAGUCAUCAUAAAAAUCAAAGCCUUUGGCAUCAACCAUGCAGAAAUGCAUAUGCGAAAGGGAGAGUGGGCCGAAUGGAUGCCAAUCAGCGGUAUCGAAUGUGUGGGCACAGUAUUCAGCUGUCCAGGAGGAGAACUCAAAGAAGGAACUCCUGUCGCAAGCCUUAUGGGCGGGCUUGGGCGUACUAUUGACGGUAGUUACGCUGAGUACACCCGAGUCAAAGUCUCAAAUGUCGUUGCGCUCGGGCCAGCUGCAGAAGACCUAAGUUGGGACCAGCUGGCAGCCAUCCCAGAAUCAUACGCCACGUCGUGGACCUGUCUCUUUCGAAACCUAGAGAUAUCAGCUAGACAACGGCUUCUCGUUCGUGGUGGUACUUCUGCUUUAGGGAGAGCAGCGAUCAACCUGGCCGUCCAGGCUGGGGUUCAUGUUACCGCAACAACUCGAACGGAGAAACGUAUACCUCAACUCAAGGCUCUUGGGGUUGAACAAGUAUUGAUAGAAGAACCAUGUCUUUCUGAACGAAUUUCUGAUAAAUUUGAUGCUAUUCUGGAACUUAUUGGUAACAGUACCGUCAUUGAUUCGCUCAAGAUGGUGCAUAGAGGAGGACGGGUCUGUCUGGCCGGGUUCUUGGGUGGACUUGCACCCAUUCCAAACUUCAAUCCUCUUGUGCAGAUGGCAAGUGGUGUCCACUUUAGCUUCUUUGGGAGCUUUGUUUUUGGAACGCCUGAGUUUCCUUUGUCGGAUGUUCCGCUUCAGGAGAUUGUCGCUAUGGUGGCGCGAAAACAAUUCAAUGCGGAUCCUUGGAAGGUCUUCCGGUUUGAGGAUAUUCAACAGGCUCACCGUUUGAUGGAAGGUAACGAGGCACAUGGCAAGAUGGUGGUCAAGAUCGAUCAAAAUGACGUACGAUAUUUCUGUCUAUAG